CCCGUUGAAGGCCAACAAACGCACGCCGUGCCCCACGCUUCAUCACACUUCACGCAUCACACUCGUACGCUUGUCUACUUCGUCCCCCUCACCGGCGACCCACCCAUCCACUGAUGGCGGCGACGGCGGCCGCUAGGGGCGCCGCUUCUCGCUCCCCUCUCCUCCUCCACCACCACCACCGACUCCCUCAGGUUCCAUCCGGUGGGGGAGGUUCGCUGAGGGUGGGCGCGCUCGGGGCCGGACGGGAUAGGAGACGACGGGUCCGGGGAGGGGUUAGGGUUUUCGCGCGCUACUCCUCCCAGGCACAAGACUUCUCUAGUCGACUCCAAGAUAGAGCUGGCGAAUUGCCGAAAUUAGUUGAGGAUCUUCUCCAGACGUCGAUUAGCACAGGGCCUCGAGGUGUCUUUAGGAUGGGGCAAGGGAUCCAAGUUCUCCUUGGGGUUGGUGGGGAGUGGCUAAACGACUUCUCGAAGACAGCUAACACAUCAGAAGGAAUUCCAGCUCAGAUGCGGCUCGGUUUGCUUUCUCCUCUUUACCUCAGAAGGCUUUUUGAACGCAUGGGUGCAACUUAUAUCAAGCUAGGUCAGUUCAUAGCAUCUGCACCAACUUUCUUUCCUGCAGAAUAUGUUGAAGAAUUCCAGAACUGUUUUGACCGAGCACCACCUGUUCCUUAUAGUGAGAUCGAGUCGAUAUUGCGCGAGGAGUUGCAGCGGCCAUUGGAUAGUGUAUAUGAGUACAUUGAUCCCGUGCCAAUAGCAUCUGCUUCAAUAGCACAGGUUCAUGGGGCUAGGUUGAAGAGCUCUCAGAAGGAUGUGGUCAUUAAAGUCCUGAAGCCUGGAAUUGAAGAUACUUUGGUCGCCGAUCUGAACUUUAUCUAUCUCGUUGCACGUGUUUUGGAGUUUCUAAGCCCUGAAUUAGAGAGGACAUCACUGGUAGCUAUCAUCAAGGACAUAAAGGAAUCAAUGCUUGAGGAAGUUGAUUUUAGAAAGGAGGCUGUAAAUAUGGAAGCUUUCCAAAGAUACAUCGAAGCAAUGGGAUUUGAUAAGCAGGCGAAAUCUCCAUUUGUGUAUCAGCACUGUAGCACAAAGCGUGUCUUAACUAUGGAAAGAUUGUAUGGUGUUCCACUCACCGAUCUUGAUUCUAUAAGGUCUCUUGUUCCUGAUCCUGAGUUGACUUUAGUCACUGCCCUCAAUGUCUGGUUUGGAAGCUUGAUUUCAUGUGAAUCCUUCCAUGCGGAUGUGCAUGCAGGAAACCUAUGGUUGCUUCGUGAUGGACGUGUUGGAUUUAUUGAUUUUGGAAUUGUUGGUCGAAUAUCCUCAAGGACAUGGGCUGCUAUGGAGAUCUUUUUGGCUUCUUUCGCAACUGAGGAUUACAAUGCUAUGGCAUCGGCCCUUUCCGAAAUGGGUGCUACAGGGAAUGAUAUAGAUGUUGACUCCUUUGCAAAGGACUUGCAAAAGAUAUUCUCAUCGCUACAGGAGUUGGAUACUGAAAUUAUAGUGGCAGCUGCAAGAAGUUCUGAUGCUACAGCUGUAUCCGCUAAUGUUGUUGUAGACGAGAGGCAGAUGAAUGCACUGUUUCUUGAUCUGGUAAGGGUUAGCGAGUCAUACGGGCUGAAAUUUCCUAGGGAAUUCGCUCUUCUCAUGAAGCAGCUUCUUUAUUUUGAUCGGUACACGAGACUGCUGGCUCCCAGCAUGAACAUGCUGAGAGAUGAGAGGAUUAACAUCACUUCCAGCAAGCAGACCAGAGAAUGAAUUGGUUCUAGUGUCCAUCAUUUGAGGAAUUGUUGCAAGACAUGGACAAGUGACAUUGUGACAAGCUUAUGUAACCAUGCUAGAACUGUAUAUAAUUUCAUACGACCAGCAUAGAAGUGAACCACGUAAGAGCAGACAUAACACUGGCUCCUGUUGUGGAACUUAGGCAUCUUGGAGCAGAAAUUGCUUUUGGAUGUCGGCCUCCAUUGAGCCAGGAAUUUGAAAAAUAUAAAAUCAUA